AUUGGCUUAGCCUAAAUUAAGCUUCGGAAAAGCAUUUUCCUUCACCCCUUGGCUUAGGGUUUUCUUAUAAUCCAAUAUAUACGUAGAUGAAGAGUUAGGGUUUUCUUUUGACCUUGCAGGGGCGGCUGGUGGAGGAGUAGAAGGAAGCAGCAUGAGUCACAGGAAGUUCGAGCAUCCCAGGCAUGGAUCCCUCGGAUUCCUUCCUCGCAAGAGAGCUCGUCGUCACAGAGGAAAAGUGAAGUCGUUUCCGAGGGAUGACCCAACAAAGCCCUGUAAGCUGACGGCGUUCAUGGGAUACAAGGCCGGCAUGACACAUAUCGUCAGAGAGGUCGAGAAGCCCGGAUCCAAGCUUCACAAAAAGGAGACCUGUGAGACGGUGACUAUCUUGGAGACUCCACCCAUGGUGAUUGUGGGUGUGGUGGCCUACAUCAAGACCCCUCGCGGUCUUCGCACGCUGAACACUGUGUGGGCUCAGCAUCUCAGCGAGGAGUUAAGGAGGCGCUUUUAUAAGAACUGGUACAAGGCCAAGAAGAAGGCUUUCACCAAGUAUGCAAAGAAAUAUGAGAAUGAAGAUAGCAAAAAGAGCAUCGAGGCCGAGCUUGAGAAGAUGAAGAAGUAUGCCUCUGUUAUCAGGGUUCUAGCUCACACUCAGGUGAAGAAGAUGAAAGGCUUGAAGCAGAAGAAGGCUCAUCUGAUGGAAAUCCAAGUGAAUGGUGGAACAAUUCCACAAAAAGUAGAUUAUGCAUACAACUUUUUUGAGAAGGAGGUACCUAUUGAUGCUAUUUUCCAGAAAGAUGAAAUGAUUGAUGUGAUUGGUGUUACAAAGGGGAAGGGGUAUGAAGGUGUUGUAACUAGGUGGGGUGUCACAAGGCUGCCACGUAAAACACAUAGAGGUUUGCGGAAGGUUGCCUGUAUCGGUGCUUGGCAUCCAGCCAGAGUUUCCUUCACUGUUGCCAGGGCUGGGCAGAAUGGAUAUCAUCAUCGUACUGAAAUGAAUAAGAAGAUCUAUAAGAUUGGCAAGCGAGAGCAGGAAUCUCACACCGCACUCACUGACUUUGACCGGACUGAGAAGGAUAUCACUCCAAUGGGUGGAUUUCCUCACUAUGGUAUAGUAAAGGAUGAUUAUAUCAUGCUCAAAGGCUGUUGUGUUGGUCCGAAGAAGCGAGUUGUAACUUUGCGUCAGUCACUCCUGAAACAGACGUCUCGUACAGCCUUGGAAGAAAUCAAGCUUAAAUUUAUUGACACAUCCUCCAAGUUUGGACAUGGAAGGUUCCAGACAUCAUUAGAGAAGGCUAAGAUUUUUGGUAAAGUGAAGGCAUGAUAGGGAAAUUAUGUGGUUCCUAGUAGUAUCUGUAGCUGCAGGUGGUGUUUAUUUUUCAAGAGCAUUUAUUAUUAUCCUUGAAUUUUGAGAUUGAAUUUAAGUUGUUGAAAGUGACGAAACUACUAUCAUCCAUUUAAAACUGUUGAGAAUUAUUAUCCGGUGGUAAUGUCUAAAGUAAUUGUCACUGUACUAAAGAUUGCUACUUCGAGUAAAAUAGGCUGGUGUCAUUAGCCUCUAAAAUAGUUUUCAUGCAAGUUAUUGUCGUAAACUAAUAUAUUUUGGUUGUUAAUUGUCACUGCA